AUGGCGGGCGGCGGGGCGCUGAGGGCGCUGCCCGCGCUGCUGCUGCUGCUGCUGCUGCUGACGGCGGGCGCGCUGGGCAAGCCCACGGCGCGGCAGGAGCGGGCCCGGCCCGGAGCCGCGCAGCACGAGGACCGGGCCGGCUUCCAGUACGACCACGAGGCCUUCCUGGGCAAGGAGGAGGCGCGGAGCUUCGACCAGCUCAGCCCGGAGGAGAGCCGUGAGCGCCUGGGGAAGAUUGUGGAUAGAAUAGACGAUGACAAAGAUGGCUAUAUCACAACAGAGGAGCUAAAAACCUGGAUUAAACGGGUACAGAAACGCUACAUCUAUGAAAACGUGGCCAAAGUUUGGAAAGACUAUGAUCUAAACAAGGAUGAUAAAAUUGCCUGGGAAGAAUACAAACAAGCUACAUAUGGUUAUUAUCUAGAAAAUCCAGAAGAAUUCCAAGAUGCAACUGAUCAGCACAGUUUUAAGAAAAUGCUGCCCAGAGAUGAAAGACGAUUCAAAAGUGCAGAUCUGGAUGGAGACUUGGCUGCCACUCGUGAAGAGUUCACUGCUUUCCUGCACCCAGAGGAGUUUGAGCACAUGAAAAACAUUGUUGUCUUAGAAACCUUAGAAGACAUAGACAAAAACGAGGAUGGUUUUGUGGAUCAAGAUGAGUACAUUGCUGAUAUGUUUGCAAAUGAAGAGGGUGGACCAGAGCCCGACUGGGUGAUUACAGAGCGUGAGCAGUUUUCAGAUUUUCGUGAUCUCAACAAGGAUGGAAAGAUGGACAAAGAUGAGAUCCAGCACUGGAUCCUCCCCCAGGACUAUGACCAUGCACUAGCUGAAGCCAGGCAUUUAGUCUAUGAAUCUGAUGUAGACAAGGAUCAAAAACUAACAAAAGAGGAAAUUCUAGACAACUGGAAUAUGUUUGUUGGAAGUCAAGCUACUAAUUAUGGGGAGGACCUCACAAGAAACCAUGAUGAGCUAUGAUACAGUGUGCCAACCAGUGUGCCACACAUCUUUUCUCCACCUUACUGAAAUCAUCGUGUCCAUCCCCUCCUGGAGGGAAGAUGGGCAAGGGACACUCACAACUGAAUGACCUGCAUUAAUAUUAUUUUUAACAUGCCAGCUUAUUACCUCAGAAACCACGUAGAAAUAGCUUUUUUACUUUCACAUGGUUAAAUACAAUCUAUAGUUACUACAGUUUUAUUUUUGAAAAAAUUAAGAAGGUAACUUUUCUGAAUAGGUUAGAGCCUGACAUGCAAAAGGCACUUCUAAAAACAUUGCAAAGAUCUUUAAUAGCCAAGUAUUUUCUUCAAAUACCCACUUUUACCAUAGUGAAAUGCACCUAGGAUUAGACCCCUAAUUAAAUUAUUUAGUUUUCUUUUCUAAUAGCAUGUAACAGUUUAGAGGUAACCCUUUGAGCCUCCUGCCCAGAGAAGUGUUUGAUACCAGCUUUGUCUGCACACAGUUGCUGUGUGCCAGUUGGGUCAGUGCUGCUGCAGGAGUGUCCAGCAGCCCCUGGCUCCUACUUCAGUGUGCAAAUGCACGGGUGGCCUUGUCCCUGAGCCUGGCAUUCCCAGGCAGGGAUGCAGAGUCCAGCCUGGCAGCUGCUCCUUCCACAACAGGGUAAUGUACAGCUGUUUGUGGGCCCUUGGCCUUGCUGCUUCCUGGGAGGAGUUGUGCCACAUAGAGCAUAAUUUAUCUCCUGCUUUUCACACUUUACCCCAGCCCUACUCUUGUUCACACAGUGUGAAUGGCAGCAGCUCUGUGAUGGAGAAGGAAUGAGACAUAUCACCCCUCUGGGCCUUCUGUCUCCUCUGCCACUAAGAGGAGAGGACAGAUUCUUGUGGCUGAACUUCUGGGUUUGUGUGUAUAUACCUGUAACUCUAAAGACAGCUCUCCUUCCAAAAAAGGGGGAAGCUUUCCACAUAGGUGCUUGAUUUUUUACUGUAUAAUGUGAGUUGUUACACGUUUAUUUUUAUAUAACCAACUUCUCUAAGUUUGGUUGUUUUUAACUGUACUGGUUUUAAAAGAAGCACAAUAAAACCAAUACUUCUUUUUACUGUGAAGGUGCAAUAACACUAACAGAUUAGCAGAGAGAUGAUGUGAAAAUACAAACCAAGCCUUUAAAGCCAGUAGUUCCCAAAGCACUGGGAUGGUCAUUUCCAAAAGCAUCUGGACAUACAACCCCGACUGUUUUUUGUCACCUCAUUAAAUAAAAAGAAAAGCUAAAAAGAAGUGCAUUAUACAUAGUAGCUGUAACUAGAAUUUGUUCUGGACCCUAGUACUGGGAGAUCAGGACUCCACAGCAGUGUUCUCUGGGAGGUUCCUGGGAGGUUUGGUGUAAAACAUCACACCCUGGUCCCAUAACCAUCCAGAGGGGAGCUUUGAGACUCCCAGGCUGUGAGACACUUCAGCAGUUCAACACAUUUGUAAAAAUCAUCAGGAGGCAGUGCAGAACUGUGACCUCUUUGAACAGUGUCAUUUUUAUAAGGUCACAGAACUGUGGUGCAAUAUUUUACAUCUUGCAGUUGAAGAUAAUUAAAUGUAGAUUGCUGAGUCUGACAGAAAUGACAUGUGCUUGCUGGCACCACCACUAAGCUUUUGGGGUUCAUGUCUUGUGACAUUGCCAGCAAUGUCUCUGAAAACUCCCUACCUCUCCCACUAGCAUACAGUAGGGCAAAUGUCAUCAAAGUGAACUGGUUUUGCUUUUACAGCACCCUCAAGUUAAAUAAAAGCCUAAAUGCAGUGUUAUCUGGGAAGCAAUAAAAUUGUAUCUUGGCACGUGUAAAUGAUUAUAUAUUUUCUUUAUGGCUUGGAUUUGGAAAGGUUUAUUGUACUCAAUAAUCCUAACAAUCUUUAUCAAACUAACACAUUUUGCUAGCAGAUUUUCAGUACUCUCUGUGCACUCAGAUUAUCUUCUACUGUUUCAGGAAACAAUACCUUAAAAGACCUCAAAAAAACCGCUUGUUUCCUGCAAGUGAAACUGCAGCUCAGACUGGAUACUAAGCCAAGGAUUUUCACUGGAGCCCAGGGGAAGGUUGUUUCCUCACUCUUGUUGAAAUUCAGUGGGAGUUGGGUGCUGAGACACUAAGCAUUGUUGCCCUCAGCUAAACAUGACACUUCUGAAUGCUCUGUGCACCGUCCCAACAAAAAAACCACAUCUGUGCUUUGACAAAGCAAUCACAUUUUCUUCCACAUUACUAAAUGAAUUUGGAACAGAA